AUGAAGAAGCUCAUCAACAUGCAAUUAACCCACACAUAUCUCUUCUCCAUGCGAAUGGCAUUCCCAUCAAACCCAUCAUCUUCUUCUUCUUCUUCUUCUGACGCCUCCUCAUUAUACCCAGAUCCAUUUCAUGCAAAUGUUUCUAACUUCGUUUCUGUGAAGCUUUCCAGUGAACGAAACUACCAUCUAUGGGAGAAGCAGAUGGGGUGCCUCCUGAAGACUUACAAUCUGCAUGGGAUUGUAUGUGAACCAAUUACCCCAGACCUCAUUACCCGAUUUGACGGACUUGUCAAGGGUUGGAUUUUUCGUUCGAUUAGUGAAGAGCUACUUGACAAUGUUGUCGAACUUGAAUCAGCUAAAGCAGUUUGGGACCAACUAAAAUAUAUCUACUGUCCAACUAUAAUGACUCCUCAAAAACGUAUUCGCUUGUUAUUUGAAACUCAAUAUUGCAACAUUCUAACAAUCAAAAUAUGGACUUAUAAUUUUGAAGAGACAACGACUGGAGAUAGAGGCGUGGUUCCAACAGAAGCAGAAGGGUCGAGAAUAAAAACAGAAUUCAAGGGCAAAGUAGUAAAUUAUAAAAACAAGAUAAUGGAGGCUUUUGGGGGAAAAUCAACAGAAAGAAAAGGUGAGCUAUCAAAAACAGAACGCAACAGUAAGUUGUGUAAAGAUAUUGAGGAAUGGAGAUGGGAUGAUGUAGAAUCCAUGAUAAAAAAAGACAAGCACGUGAUCACAGAGCCAAUCAACAGCGAUGGCGACACUGUACUUCAUAUAAUGGUUGCGAUCGGUAUCAAUUAUUUUGUCAAUGAGAUGUUAUCAUUAAUCGAAGAUGCAAAAUCAUUACCUGAAAUGAAAAAUAAAAAUGGAAGCACAGCCCUUCACAUUGCUGCAAUGGUUGGCAAUACACGUGCAGCAAAGCUCUUGAUUAAAAAAAACAAAGAUUUGCUGGAAACACAAGACCUUAAACUUCAAACACCUUUGCAUAAAGCUUUUGAAAAUAUGCAUCUUUCUACCGUUGAAUACUUGUUGAAAGCAGCCAAUGAUGAUGGAAAAACUAAGAAAACGUCUACCCCUUUAGAUAUAAGGAAAGGCAUCAACCUUCUAGUUAAUGCUGUUUCUGCAAAGAAGUAUGAUUUAGCAAAGGAGUUGAUCAAAAACUAUCCUGAAUUUGCUGCAACAGACGAUGAUGUACUGAUGGCAAUAGCUAAGACCUUUCCAAGUGGGCUAGACUAUUGGGAAACACUUAUAUAUCCAAUUGCACCCAUUGGCAAUAUCGAGAAGAAAUACAAGGAACCCCAAGAAGCAGAAGAAGUUCUAAAAUUGGUAUGUAAUGAAAUAAACAAGAAGAAGUUGGAUUUCCCUGAUGCUCAUUCACGCUAUUACACCAAUCCAUUUCUCGAAGCCGCACGUCAAAACGCUUAUCAGGUUGUUAAUGAGAUUUUAAAGAGAUCCCCUGAAUCAAUUCGGUAUACAGAUAAAAGCGGGUAUGACAUCAUACAGUUAUCCAUAAUACACCGUUCAGAAAAGAUCUACGAGUUUAUCUAUGAACUUGGGAGGGCUAGGAAAUUCUAUAAAAUGGUGGAAGAUUCUUCUAAGAACAAUAUGUUACACUUGGUGAGAAGAUUAGCUCCUUGGCAUAAACUAAAGCUUCGCACUGGUGCAGCAUUACAACUACAAAGAGAGCUUCAAUGGCGUGAGAAAGUGAAGAUGAUGGUAUCUCCGGCAUACCAUACUAAAGAAAACAUUUUUAAUGAGACACCGGAUUUGGUAUUCACAAACGAACACAAAAACUUGAUGUCGGAAGCAGAAACGUGGAUGAAAACCGUAGCAGAAUCAUGCAGCAUCACUGCAGCGCUGAUUACCACAAUUGUAUUUGCGGCAGCAAUUACAGUACCAGGUGGAAACCAUCAAGAUAAUGGCUUCCCCAUGUUUGCAGGACAGAUUCCCUUCAUGAUCUUUGGUGUAUCGGUUGCAAUCUCACUAUUUGCAUCGAGUACAGCAUUACUAAUGUUCCAGUCCAUCCUCACUGGCCGAUUUUCUGAGCAAGAUUUUCUUGUAAGUUUGCCGAGACGAUUGAUUAUUGGUCUUUGCACCUUAAUGAUAUCAACAACUACCAUGAUGGUGGCCUUCAGCGCAACCUUGUUACUUGUAUUUUGUCAUGGAAAACGUUGGUUGCUUGCUCCGACAUGUGCAUUAGCUUUCCUCCCGAUUGCAUCUUUUAUCACUGUUCAAAUCCCCCUGAUGGUAGAUCUAUUUCGGUCAACAUAUGGGCAGAUCGAGUAUAUCUUUGAAAAGUAUAACCUCGAAAACGGCAUUACAUUUAAUUUGAAUGACAUCCGCCUGUUUUUUAGCUGAGUGAUAAUAAGUGCACAUCUUGGAAUCAUGUACUUUACUGCAGUUUCUCCAAAGAUAUGUUGGGUAAAACAAUCAUAAUUUGUUUCCUAUGUCAUUGUGAGAACAAGAACUACAUUCCUGUUUGAUAUAAAUAAGUAUUGUCAUAUAUUGAGUUUCCUAUGUUAUUCUGAGAACACGUCUCUUCACAUCUUGAAUUUGUUGUUGGGUCUAUUUUUUUUUUCUUUUUUCAUGUGCUAA